AUGAGCGGGCGGCAGCCAAUCAGCGAGCGGUUCCCGACAGCCCCGACGCCGGUAACCGACCAGCUGGGGGGGCGGGGGGAGCCAAAAAGUUGGCGUUUCGGGACUGGUGAUACCGGACACCCCCCCGCCACCACCGCUUCGUCCCCGGGAGCCGCUGCCCCGCAACUCCGGGGCCCUGCACCUGCUCUGGGCCGGGGGAACCGGGGCUGCGCGGUGCGGAGGGGCCGGCGGGGCUGCCGCGGGGGAAGGAGCGGGGCCGGGCGGAUCGGGGCUGGACGCCGGGGGGCAGGGGGAGGAGGAGUGGGGCGGGACGCUGUGCUGGAAGGGGGAAGAGUCGUGAGUUUCCCAGGCACAAAGAGAUUUGGGGCUCCCUUGGUGGAUGCCAAGCCUGGAGAAACCGCCUGGAAACGGAGCGACCCCGCGCCGCACGGACACCCCUCCCGCAUGAAGCGGAGUGGGGAGGAACGGACAAAAUCUUCCGCUUCUGAGCCCUCUCCUGAAGGAGAACGCCUACUGCCCCGCCGGGACCGGGCACGGGUGCGCUCCGUCCCGGUGGGAGAGGGGCUGUCCCGCAGCAGCACGCCGAGGCGCGGACACGGCACCUGCACGGACGGGGCUGGCAGCUUCGUGCAGGCACCGCUGGCACAGGGCUACCCGGCUGCUGUGGGGCAGAGACGGGGCGCGGGGUCCCCUCCCUGCUCCUCCCCGUCCUUCCCCCUGCACCCCGGCUGGGGAAACCGGCCGGUUCCCCCCGGCGUGGGGGAGGAGAGACAAACCGAGCCUGCAGCCCUCUCUGGGAGAUGCCCCAGUGCCGGAGGAGACGUUUGUUGGAGGGACCGGACACGUUUGCAUGCACCGAAAAGUCGGGCGGUAUAUGGAAUCGGAGAACACGCUGAAAGCUCCGUGAACGGUGUUCCCUUCGAUGUUUAA